AUGGAGCAUGAACUAAGCUUGAGGAAACUAGUAGAGGGUUCAGAGUAUCAAGAACAACUGAACUACGACUUCAAUAUAAAAGGAGAAUUGCGGCAUCUGGACACCAAUGAGUCCUUUGUUUUCAAAUAUUACAAAAAUGCACAUGAGAGGAAUCAUAAACGCUAUCAAGUGUUGGGACAUUUGCUUACCCAGUAUGUUUAUGAGCUCCUGGAAAGAGUUUGUAUGCUGCAGAAAGUCUACAUUCCUAUUGAUGCUGCAGAGGAUGAACCAAGAAGCUUCUUUUUCAUGAGUGAGAAAGCACUAACAAAUACCUCUAGUCUAACUGUCCUCCUUCAAGACCGUGGAGUCUUUCGCGCUGGACAGUGGGGGCAAAGGACCAUUAUCAGUGAGGGCUUGGACCAUGGAACACAAAUACCAUUCAUCAAAAUGGCCCUUCAAAGCCACGGGGGAGUGAUUGUACUGAAUCCCAAUGACAACGUCAUGGAUCUGAAGACAGAAAAGGAGAGGUUAAGCAUUUCUACCAGGGAAGAAUCAUCAUCUUCUAUGGAGCCCCCUUGGAUGAUCCUCAAAAGGUGCAGCAGUAGCCCAGAGGAACAUACCAUGUAUGUCUGGGAUCAUUUUAUUUCAAAGAGUGCAGCUGAGAAUGUGGCUUUCAUUGCCCAUGGCUAUGGUGGUUUGGUCUUCAUUGAUCUGCUCAUGCAAAGAAAAUGGGAAGUAAUGAAUAAAGUAUACUCUGUGGCAUUCAUCGACUCCAUGCACAAUAUACAGCACCAGACUAGAAAUGAUCCACAUAUACAAGAAUGGAUACAAAAAUACUGCCGUGAAUGGGUAUCAAACAAUAAGCCUCUAGAUAAACCUGUGGGUUCCCUUGUGAAAGUGAAUUGUCCUACUGUCUCUGCUGGAACUGAAAAGUAUGGCUUAGCACCUUCUUAUUGCUUACAUGCCAUCUUUAAAUACCUGAAAAGCGCACUGAAAGCCAAGACCGUAAUAGCAUUUACACGUUCACCUAUUGCAACCAGAAGCAGCACAAGUAAGAAGAAAGAUAAUAAAUAAAAACAUGCUGAUGUGUUUCUCAUGGUGGUCUCUUCCUUUCAUGACCACUCCUUUCAGCCAUCUAAGAACCUUCCUCUUGCUGCAGAAUGAUUUAUGUUUUUAAGUUUAAAGAUGGUUUGCUUUUGAGAAACAAAUACAAAUAAAUAUUAGGAA